CACAGAAAUACGUGAGAGAAAAGGAGUGGUGAUUAGGCCUGUCUUUGCCAAAAAUUACGUUUUUUAUAUGGUUCGCGGACGUUUUACACCUUGUGCUUGUGCGACAUGCAUUUAGAAGUUGUGUUACAUGUCUCAUAUCGUUUGUAGCUUUGGAAAACAACGAUUAUUGGUGCAAUUCGCGAUGUAAACGUUGGUUAUGACGUUUACUACGGUGUUUUUGUGUGUGUGUGUCGUGACAGCAUUGGCGCUGCCGUUGAAGCGAAUCUUGUAACGGAAUACUCGGUGAAUGCUUUCGAUGGACCCGUCGCGGUUACACGUUCUAAAAACGGCGCGCGCAAAGCUGUGAAAAUCACAAUAUGGCCGCCGCGUCGUUAGCGCGCCAAAAGAAACGUCAGAGCGCGCGACAUCUACCGGGCGUAGGCGCGGAGUGUGUUCCAAAAUCGAAAUAGUUCAGUUGUGAUUUAACUGUGACACUGUGGUGUCGUGAUGUGAUAUAUUUGUUAGUGUUGUGUAGUGUUAAGUGUUAUAAUGUCUGAGGAGCGGUCGAGGCGGUUGUCGCAGAUCUUCGACCCUCUGGCGAGGUUCACCGACCUGAGCGGGGCUGGUCACUCGGCCAGUACGCCGAACAGCCCGCGGCUGAUGCCGAGGCGGUCGAGGGAGCCGCCACCACCGCCACCUAGACCGAUCGCCCACUCCUCCCGCCUGGACCCCUUGGAGUACGAGCUGGCGGCGGCCGACGCGGCCGUGAACUGGCAGGAGCGCUGCCUGGAGCUGCAGCUGGAGUUGCACCGCAGCCGGCACCAGGCCACCAGGGUGCGGGACAUGCUGCGAGACAAGCUCUCAGAGCUCGAGCAACGGGUUCUGGAGGCAGAAGGCCGAGCCGAAGAAGCGGAAGAUAAGGUCCGCGCCAUGGAGCAACGGCUGUGUGAGUGGCCAGCGGGCGCUGAGGGCGCGCCUAGGGCCAUCUCGCGGCUAGAGGGCCAGAUUGAAGAACAGAAACAACUAAGACUCCAAGACGCGAAGCAGGUAGAAGCGAAAGCGGCCCGAAUCAAAGAGUGGGUGACGAACAAACUCCGGGAGUUGGAGCAGCAGAACCAGCUCCUCCGGGAACAGAACGACCGCUGCAACCAGCAAUUAGAACUGUUAAGGAACCACAUAGCAGCUCAGGGAAGCAGGAAUUGUGCUUUUCUGCCAACUCGAGCGAGCCUAUCCCUCGAAGUGAGGACUGAGGAGGGCUCGCCCCGAUCCACAGCGAGCCUCUUGGCAUCAAAUCGCAGGCGUUCAGAGAGCCUCGAAGGGCCCCAGCUUCCAAUCAACUCAUCGGAGCCCCACUACAGUACGCCAGUGAGGCACAGGCGGAACCUUUCCAUCGGUACUACCAACCUAGCCACCACCGUCAGCACUGCCAACCAGACGGCCUUGAACACCAUGAAUAGAACUAUGGAUGAGAGGACCACUGCCAGUCUACUGGCCGAUGAUUUAGCGACGGCAGUAGAAAACUUAGUCGUGCUUCCAACGACGCCGAAUACAUCUACAGACGGCGACACAACCCAUGACUAUGCAGAGAUAUACACGCCAAGCAGAGAACGCACGCCCGCCUGGCAAGGGGCGGUGAACGUGGUGGUGCAAGGCAACAGUCGAGGAGGCUCCUCCACCGGGGACAGCUCGGCCUCCGAGCAGCCGCGCCCGCCCACGCCGCCGCUGCACCGCUUCCCCAGCUGGGAGGCCAAGAUCUACCAGGUUGCAGACGAUGGCCUCCAACAAUCGGUGGAAGGCGAGCUAAGCCCGCCGCCGUGCCCGCGGCCCAUGCACGAGUCAACAAGCUACCAGGACAUAUCCGUCCCUGUAUACGCCACUGUUAAAGGGCGCGCUAGUCAGAUAAGGUCAAUGCCCUUCACGGGCGAUUCAUCAGACGAUUCGUCGGAUGGCGAGGAGUCAAUGGGCGUCACUGUACAUAACACCCCACACCAUCAAUUUGGUGCGCAAACAUCAAGCCAAAUGAACAUGCCUAUCAACAACGUGAAUCUCACAAGCGUAUUGCCAGCCUCCAUACAACAAACGUCGAGCCAUCCUCUAGUACUGACCAACAGUGCUAACGGCCAGUGCAGUUCGUCGGACACCAGUUUGAGUGCAAGCAGUCCGUCGAAAAGCGUCAAAACAAGUUCCAGUUUGAGUCCAGCGAAAAGGUCUAGCAGUGGAUCGCCAAGUAAACAAAGUAAAACUAGAGACACAUCAUUCGAGUCCGGAAUGUCUGAUGACUAUGCCAUCCCACCUGACGCAGUCUCGUGUGACAGUAUGGCGUCACCAUCUCUGGCAUCGUUAUGCCGGGCCCCACCUGCCACUGACUCGCCAAGACGACACGACGCGUUGGAGAAGAGCGGCCAUCUUGCCAAGCUUGGCGGGAAACUGAAGACUUGGCGGAAGAGAUGGUUUGUCCUCAAAAACGGCACGCUAUCCUACUGGAAGUCUCAAUCAGAGGUCAACAGGAAGCCGCAAGGUCAGAUCGGGCUUGGCGAGGCGUGCAAGAUAUCCCGGAACGAAGGCGCGGCUACCUUUGAGAUUUUCACCGGGAGUCGGACCUACUACCUGACUGCUGAUAGUAUCGCCACUAUGGAGGAUUGGAUCAGGGUGCUACAAAACGUCCAAAGGCGGAACGCGACCAAACUGCUUCUCAGCAAGGAGGACAACAAGCCCACCAUUCAGGGCUGGCUCACGAAAGUCAAGAACGGCCACGCCAAGAAGAGCUGGUGCGUGCUCAUCGGCAAGAUGUUCCUGUACUUCAAGUCGCCGGGAGACCAGAACCCAACCGGCCAAAUCAACAUGCGUGACGCGCGAGUGGAAGACGUAGAACAUGUUUCAGACUCGGAUUCAGAAGAGAAGAACGAUGACACGCGCAACCACCUUACUGUGGCUAUCUACCCGCAGCAUCAGGUAACUGCGGGUCCAACGUACCUAUUAUUCGAAAGCAAAGCAGACAAGGACUCCUGGUUAUACCAUUUGACCGUGGUUAGCGGAGGCGGAUUGAGCCAGGGCACGCAUUUCGAACAGCUGGUUCAGAAGCUGAUGGAGACAGAUGGUGAUCCCAAUUGCGUGCUAUGGCGGCAUCCAACGCUGCUGUAUUCGAAGGAGAACAUCACAUCCCCUCUGACGUCACUCAACUCCGAAGCGCUGCAGGCGGAAGCAUUAAAACUAUUUAAGUGCGUCCAACUCUUCAUGUCGGUAGCCGUAGAGCACGCAGGCAUCGACUACCACGUGGUGCUCGCCCAGAAUGCCCUCCAACAAUGCCUGGAAGUAGCCGAGCUCCAAGACGAGCUGGCGUCAGCGUUGGCCCGUCAGACCACGCCUCACACGCACACCAAACACGGCGUGCAGCAACUGCUACUGUGCGCGACUCAGUCGCUGUUCACUUGCGACACGGGUGCAUCGUCGGUGGGCAGCGAUAACAAGAGCGGGGACGUACAACCUAACGCCGCGGGCUCGCCCAGCUCGAUACAGGCUCCGCUCCUAUCUGUGGACUGCAAAAGCAACCCGCCCACGUACAGCUUCGUGCAAGGCUGGCAACUCCUGGCGCUGGCGGUGAGCCUCUUCGUGCCACGGAACAAUCGCUUGCUGUGGUACUUGAAGCUGCAUCUCAGCAGGCACUCAGAUUCCAAAACGGAGUGCGGCAAAUACGCAGCGUACUGCGCGCGCGCACUCGAGCGCACCAUCCGCAACGGAGGCCGCGAGGACAAGCCCUCCCGCAUGGAGGUGCUGUCCAUCCUGCUCAAGAACCCCUACCACCACUGCCUGCCGCACGCCAUACCGGUGCACAUGCUCAACAACACCUACCAGGUCAUAAGUUUCGACGGGUCAACAACAGUGGAGGAGUUCCUAUCGACACUAAGUACGGAGCUGGGCUGCAGAGAAACGGGAUUGUCCGGAUUCGCACUGUUUAGCGACGACCCCAUCGAAAAGGACUUGGAACAUCACAUUAAGCCUGAUAAAAAAUUAUGUGACGUCAUAUCAAAAUGGGAGACGGCGCUCCGCGAGAAAGGCUCGGGCAAGUUCGAGAAUUCACGCGUGAUCCGGCUCACGUAUCGCAACCGGCUCUACUUCAAGCAUUCACUGCGGACUGAAACUGACAAGGAGCGGUUACUGCUCUGCUAUCAAGUCAACCAGCAAGUGGUGGCGGGUCGCUUCCCGGUCACGCGUGAACUAGCAGCAGAAUUGGGCGCGUUAAUGGCUCAACUUGAUAUGGGAGAUUACGCGGCCGCCAGCUCGCAACACAACCAGCCGCUCGCGCACCGCUUCUACCCCUACCGCUACCGGGCCGGCCUGAGCAACGACGAGCUGAGGGACGUUGAAGAAAAACUGCGGUCCAAAUGGAUAGCGCUCAAAGGACGGAGUACUGCGGAUUGUGUUCGAAUAUACCUCAACUGUACGAGGAAAUGGCCUUUCUUCGGUGCUACGCUGUUUCAAGCUAGGAUAAAGCAGCCGGACUUGUCUAUGGUGUGGCUGGCGGUGUCGGAAGAGGGUGUGACGGUUCUGGAGCUCGCGUCCAUGGCCGUCAUCGGCCGCUACGCGCUCAACUCCAUCGGGCUCUUCGGGGGACUACAGGAUGAUCUUAUGAUGCUGAUAGACGGGGAUGACGCGGCCAGUCCGGUGCACAAGAUGUUGAUCAGCCUCAACAAGCCAAAAAUGGCGGAGCUUACACACCUAAUAGCGGACUACAAGAACGCGGCCUUACGCGCGGCGCCCGGCACUCCUCAAAUGAACUCGCUAACGCGCCACGCCUCCCACCGCUGCCUUCGAAAACCCUCCACAUUACCCCAUUCCUCCCCAUCUACCCUCCCCCACCAUGCCCACACCCACCCCCACGCCCACCACACCACCGGUCAUAACACCUUAAACUCCCACGCGACCACCAUGACGCUGGGAUCAGACCGCAACGCUACCCUAACCCUCAGCUCACACACUUCUACCUUCAACCAACACGUCGACGCAAGAGUCGUCUCCCAUGGACAACCAGAUAUCCUAAAAUCGACCCCCGACCACCACAGAUCAGACAAGAAACGCAGCCACACCCAAGACAGCGGCGUCGCGUGAAAAUAAACCGUAUCCGUAGGUGAGUAGAGACGAUAGUGUGAUACCUCGUUUGUAGCGUCUGAAGCUCUUAUGUUUUGUUACGGGAAAAAAUACUCAAUCGACCGUUUUUAGAACCGACUUUGCCUUACAUUUUUUGCUGUACGUUUUUAGUGACACCUUCGUUUGUUCGGUUGCGUCUUUUUUCUCAACUUCGACAUGUAUGGAUGACGUAACGCCAAUUUUAUAGUAGCUACGUACGCAUAUGUGCAGGGUAUGUUUAACGCUAUGUAGGGAUCGAUCGUAGAAGUCCACUCAACCAAAUAAUAGACGAUUUUAAAGUAUAAUUUAUCCAAAUACAUACAAAAUAGUGUAAAAUAGGUACACACGUUUUAUAAACUAUUUAUUUUUAAUGAUCUUUAAUAUUAUUAUUGUAGUGAUUUACAUCAGAAACCAAAUUAAUUCAGAUCUGAUAGUGUGAAUCUCCUUUUUAGUAGCCUUUACAACUAUUUAAGUUUAUUUAUAAAAAGUUAUGUUUACAUUUAAUUCUUAAUACUCUUGUAUACUCCAUCCAAAUACUACCUACCUAUCAUCACAAAUGACAUCAAAAUGAAGUUACUGUUUAGUUUGACUGUGUACUCAUCUCAAGUAACAUAGGAAAUUAUACACUUAUGUAAGUAUAGUACAUUUCGCUAGUGUGUACUGGGGCUAGCGGGGACGAUCUCGGACUGAUACUAAAUAAGUCCUCAACGAAUAAUAAUAUCUUCGGUGUCGAUAAUAUAGGUUGCUAUUGCUCACUCGUAAUAAUAGUACUACACGUUAAUUUAAAUAAUUUCAUAAUAAACACUCAUCAAAACAGAUUAUACAAUGAAAUAUUGUCUAUCUGACAUAACUAAUAACAUUUGAUUGAUAUUUAAUUUCGUAAUUGAAACGGCCUUUUAGUAAUUUUUGUUUUUAUAGACUUCAAUAAAAAAAUUACCACUGUGGAUUUAUACUCGUUAGCGAAAACUUCUAAAAAUGCGUUAUCAUCAUAAAUAAUAUCUAGGCUACAUUUAAUCAAAUAUAUUUUAUUAUUUUACGGGCAUUUUAUAUAGUAUACACAGCGGAUAUUUUGUAUAUUUUUGCCUUUCCUUUUUUGGGUUCCGCCACUGUAAUAGAAAAAUAUACUCAAGACUAGGGAUUUUCAAUUUUGUAUUCUACUUAGUUGUAUUAUUGAGAUGUCUAGUCCACAGUGCGGGGCCCGAGCUAAAUCGGUGUAUAAUUUUGUACUAGACUAGCUUUGAUAACUGUCAAUUUUAUACAAAGACGUUACCAUCUUACUAUUUUGUGAUUGUUUGAUUACUUCUUUAUAAUAAAGAAGGCAGCAAUAAUCAAAUCAAUAUUUUCAAUUUGACAUUCCAAUUAAUUGCAGUUAGUGUUAUUUUAUCAGUUAGAUUGAGUUUUAAAACCUUCUUUAUUAUCAAGGAGCAGCCAUUACGGGCUAAGUAAAGAGCUACAGAAGAAACUGCAACAGAGUAGAGUAGAUGUAUUACUCGUAGGUUUAAAUAGUCCAUAGGAGCUAAUCCUUCAGUAAUAUUGUGUAAUAUUUUGACCAAUUCGCUUCAAUGGCCAAUCUAGCCGUGCAAGCUGUUUGGGACGCGCAAUUAUAAACUCUAACACAGAGUAGUUUGAUUGGAAAUCAAUGAUUCGAACUGUAAGUUCUAAUAACUAUGUAUUUAAAAGUUUACAUUUAGUUGACAAUGAUUCAAAGUGAAGAAAUAGUUAGGAAUAAUUUAAAUUAGUUUGUAAUUGCAUGUCCAAACAGCGCACAGUCCGCUACCUAGUUAAUAAUAAUAUUGUGUAUAAUAAUGACAUUUUGGAUUGCACUUUUUGCAUUACACAACUGUUGAUAUAAUUGUAUAGACUAUUAUAAUGUAUAUUUUACAUUUAAAUCGACGAAUUUUCUUAUUUAAACGUUUAAGUGAAUUUAAUUUGUAUAGAAUCGGUAAUAAUUUAAUGAAUAAGUAUUUAUUUUUUCAAUGGUUUAUUGUUUUGAUCGGUUGUCUGUUUAUAAAAUUAACACUCGGUGUCGAUUUUUCGGUAUUUUUAAUUUUUUGAUAAUUCAGGCCUAAUUCAAAAUGGAUAAUACGCGAUGGGCCUAAUUAUUUUUAACUGUUCUGUAAUUUUGAUGAUUUACUAAAUUAUUUGUUUGAAGAUGCGAGAAUAAACAUGUAUUACUGAA